AUGACGUCGACAGUGGCGGCCGUGAGCCAGACGCAGAGCCUUGCGGCGAUUCGUAAUUUUGUGCGUGCCUCCGUGUCGUGCAUCACGUAUGCGCGGGGACUCUGCAGCGACAACGCCUUUGAGCAGCGCCCGUUUCUCGGUCUCCCGCUUCGCCAGCUCAUCCCCUCAACCACGGAGUCCAUCACGAUCUCCGAGUGGAUUGAGAAGGGUGCCUUUGACGCGCUAAAUCGCCACUACCUGAAGGAGAUGUCCCUCUGCGUGUUCGACGCGGAGUGCCGAGAGCUGCUGGAGAACUACUGCUUUGGCUUCAAUUACACGGAUGACGGCAAGCGGGCGCAGAUGACGCUCAACACCCCACCAACGAUAGCAGGUGGUGCCGACACGACGGCACUCUCGCAGAGUAGCGGCAGCGCUGUUGCCAUCCCGGCCUAUCGCAAGCGGCGGUGCACGAAGCAAGAGGUGCAGCUUCUUCUCACGUCAAUCCUGGGGCGGCUGAUGGAUGUGGUGGAAAGUCUACCGCCGCUGCUCUCUGAGCGGGUGCUCACGAUGCGCCUCACCUACUACGAUGAGGUGACCCCAGCCUCCUAUGAGCCUCCCUGUUUUGCGCCGGCAAGCGAGCAUAUGACUCACCUUUACCAGGACGAGGUCAAGCACCGUGUGCACCUCGGGUCGAUGGACACCAGUCACCACCUCUUCUCCGUCGCUCUACGACACCCGUUGCUCCUGAAGAUUCACAGUCAGGUGACCGAUAGGACUGCCCCGAGAAUGGUAGAGGCGACGGCAAGAGCACAGAGUGCUGCGGUCGUGACGCCCUCUGAUCCCCUGCGCUCUGGGUUGGAGAGCUCUUUCUCGUCAGAGCCGGUGUUAGCGAGUGCUGCAGCGCAAGGAAGCGCCACGGUCAUGCCCGCCAUGACCAGAAACCGUGCCUCAUGCCGGCCUUUUCUUUCUACUGACGGAGAACGCGCCGCAGUCGACACUGUGAGUUAUGAGGAAGAGGACGCUAGGAACUGCUCGUUCGGCGAGGGGUGCGGGGGCGCGGGUGACACGAUACGCACUGGUGAGGCGCUGCAACCCUGCGAGGUGGCGAAGCUCGAUGGCGUCCACCGCCUGAUAGGGAAGAGCAGCUCGGACGGUGAGCGGCCCGGGCUGAAGGCAGCAGAAUUGACGUACUUGCUGUUUGCCGCGCUCGUCCUAACGAAAUCGCCUAGCGCGCGUGGUGGUCGCGGGCAACUGACUUCUGACGACGUAGAGGCCUAUCGCACGCGUCAGUGCCCCUUCGACAUUUCUGCCAAGGCAGCUCAGCUCGUCCUGCAGCGACUGAGCACGGAAGGAUUCCUGCAGCAGUGCGACGUCCGCGGAGUUCCGGCUCAGAAGACGCCGAGGAUCCAAGAAGGAAGCAGACCUAGUCCUGCAAUCAGAGAGUGGACUGUUUCAGACCCAUCCGUAUCGCUUCUCCAGCAACUCAUGCAGCUCGGUGCCCUGACAGAGCUCCUGACUCACGAGUCCCACCAUGUCCUGCAGGUGCUCUAUGUACACCUGGCGCGGGAAGAGUCGAGAAGGGCGCCACGGGCGAUGGCUGCCAAGGCGACUUUGGGCCGCAUCAGCACCACUGGCGGGAGUCGAAAGCGGUGGUCUCGCUGA